UAGGUUCUGGUUUUGUCCGCAAAAGUCAAUCCGCAAAUGAUCGAAAUGUCCGCAAAUAACCUGAAUUUUCCGCAAUACUGUAGCAAUACCGUACCUUAAUUUUAGGCUUAAAAAUGACCCUUCCAUUGUCUUUAAUCUCCCUAUUUUUCCUUUUUAUCAAUUCCCAACCAAUUUCUGCCCAAUAUUUGCAACAAGCCUGGCAAACUCCGUCAAAUGGCCAUUUAGCCUCCACAUAUUCUUCACCUCCCUUUGAUCGUUGUUGUUUCUGUUGUUGUUUUUGCCCUGUUCCGUUUACACAAGUAUGGCAACAACAACAGCCUUUUCCUGGAGAUAAGUUUCCUCCUUCUCAAGGGUAUGGACAGAGUCAGCAACAACAACAACAACAACAGCCGUUUCCUGGUGGAGAAAAUAAGUUUCCCCCUUCUCAGGGUUAUGGACAAAGUCCGCAAAUGCACCCAUAUCAAGCAUCCAAUGCGGGUUACCACAACCAGCAACCUGAUCAAAUUGGAGAUGAACAUACAGGAACCUCAAUGCAACAAAAUAAAUACCCACCGUCCAUGCAAGCAGCGAGAAUUGCUGGGAGUCCGACAGCAGGGUAUUGGCCUUCUUUGAGUGAAUCAAAUCCUGAACACGGACAACAAAAACAGUCAACAGAAAACAGUGACUUUUGGCAAAAUUUUCAAGGAAUGGAUCAUCCAAAUCAGAAUAAGGUAGGGACGAAAUGUCCACGACCAAAUGUCUAA